AUGCCUCGGGCUCAAAAAAUUGCUGAGCAUCGGAGAAAAUAUGAGCGAAAACGUGAAGAGCGAGAGAUAAAAGAAAGAAUAGAAAGGGUGAAGAAGGCUCGAGAAGAGCAUGAAAGAGCCCAAAGGGAAGAGGAAGCCAGAAGACAGUCUGGGGCUCAGUAUGGCUCUUUUCCAGGUGGUUUUCCUGGGGGAAUGCCUGGUAAUUUUCCUGGAGGAAUGCCUGGAAUGGGAGGGGGCAUGCCUGGAAUGGGAGGAAUGCCUGGACUCAAUGAAAUCCUCAGUGACCCCGAGGUUCUUGCAGCAAUGCAGGAUCCAGAAGUCAUGGUGGCUUUCCAGGAUGUGGCCCAGAACUCAGCAAAUAUGUCAAAAUAUCAGAACAACCCAAAGGUUAUGAAUCUCAUCAGUAAAUUGUCAGCCAAGUUUGGAGGUCAAGCGUAAUGUCAAACAGAGCCCUUGCUGAAUGAAGAGCAGCUUAGCUCACUUACUGGAUGUUGCAAUAAUACAAACCAGUGUACCUCUGACCUCAUCAGGAGAGCUGGGGUGCUUCGAAGACUAUCCCUACCCUUCUGCAUCAAAUGCGGCUGAAGCAUUUUACAGUGGUUUGCCAUUAGGGUCUUUAUUCAGAUAAUGUUUUCCUACUAGGAAUUAUAAACAUUUUUCAACCUUAAACAUAUUUUUUAAAAAUUUAGGGGGUAUUAAUUCCUCCAUUUUUCUUUACUAAUCUUUUUGAGUUUUUCCUUUGAAUUACUGGGCAAGGAAGCUGAAUAUGGUCGACUUACUGCUCUCAUGAAUGGAAAUAAAGAUUUGUUAGUGGGAAGUAAAUAAAACUCAUUUAAGUUAAUUGAGUUGGACACUAAAAAA